AUGAGAUCGAAGAGCAAUAAGUUCUGUGUUUUGUGUGACUUUAAUACCAAUCUGCCAAAUAAAGUAGAAGCUCUGAAAGGAUCCUGUGUUUUCAUCCCCUGCACAUUUGACAUUGAUCAACAAUAUGAAGCUGACCUCACUGACAGUGCAAAGAGAAAAUGGUAUAAAGACGGAAACCCUCCCGUUGUAGUGUUUGACUCCAGCAGCCCCAACACUGGACUGUUAAAAGGAGAAAUAUUUGGCAAUGCUACACAGAAAAACUGCACCACACGCUUCGAUAAUGUUGAUCAGAGUCAUAGUGGGUUAUAUAACUUCAGACUUGAAGCCAAUGGAAUACUGAAACAUAGCUACACAGGACCUACAUACUCUGAAGUUGAAAUUGUCGUCUUAGGAUCUCCACCCAAACCUACACUGAGCUUCUUUCCAGAUCAGGAGAAGGUGAUUGAGGGAAGUUCAGUGAGUCUGCGCUGCUCUACUAAGAUCUUCUGUCCGUCUCAUCCACCAUCUCUCACAUGGAGCUCGUCUCUCAUCAAGAACGUCACAGGACGACCGUAUCAGAGCCAAAUUGAGCUUAUCUCUGAUCUGAACUUCACUGUUUCUCACCGUCAUCACAGGGUCAAUUUCACCUGCACUGCAACACACCAGAUACAGCAGCAGAACACAACACAAGAGUCUCGUCUGCUACACGUUCAGUAUGCUCCUAAAAACACAUCUGUGAGGAUAAAUCCAGCUGGUUUAGUUCUGGAGGGUCGUUCAGUGACUCUGAUCUGCAACAGUGAUGCAAACCCACCAGCAGUGAACUACACCUGGUACAGAGACACUGAGAGACCUCUGAAUCCAGUUCAGACCGGACCAAACCUGACCAUCAACAACACCGACCCAACACACAGCGGACGAUACUACUGUACAGCUGAGAACAAACACGGCACACAGAACUCAUCAGUGCUGCUGGAUGUCCAGUAUGCCCCAAAAAACACAUCGUUGUCAGUGUUUCCCUCCGGCUCAGUGAUGGAGGGUCGUUCAGUGACUCUGAUCUGCAGCAGUGAUGCAAACCCAGCAGUGAACUACACCUGGUACAGAGACACUGAGAGACAUCUGAAUCCAGUUCAGACCGGACCAAACCUGACCAUCAACAACACCAACCUGACACACAGCGGAAGAUACUACUGUACAGCUGAGAACAAACACGGCACACAGAACUCAUCAGUGCUGCUGGACGUCCAGCAGACUCAUUUCUGUCUGCAUCCUAGAGUAGAAGCUCUGCAAGGAUCCUGUGUUUUCAUCCCCUGCACAUUUGAUAUUGAUCAAGAAUAUGAAGCUGACCUCACUAACAGUGCAAAGAGAAUGUGGUUUAAAGUUGGAAGAAGUAUAGCUGUGUUUGACUCCAGCAGCCCCAACACUGGACUGUUAAAAGGAGAAAUAUUUGGCAAUGCUACACAGAAAAACUGCACCACACGCUUCGAUAAUGUUGAUCAGAGUCAUGAUGGGUCAUAUUACUUCAGACUUGAAGCCAAUGGAAUAUUGAAACAUAGCUACAGAGGACCUACAUACUCUCAAGUUGAAAUUGUCGUCUUAGGAUCUCCACCCAAACCUACACUGAGCAUCUUUCCGGAUCAGGAGGAGGUGAUUGAGGGAAGUUCAGUGAGUCUGCGCUGCUCUACUAAGAUCUUCUGUCCGUCUCGUCCACCAUCUCUCACAUGGAGCUCGUCUCUCAUCGAGAGCGUCACAGGACGACAGUAUCAGAGCCAAACUGAUCUCAUCUCUGAUCUGAACUUCACUGUUUCUCACCGUCAUCAUGGAGUCACUUUCAACUGCACUGCAACAUAUCAGCUACAGCAGCAGAAAAAAACACCCACGCUGAAGCAAAUCACAAAAAAAGAGUCUCGUCUGCUACACGUUCAGUCAGUGAUGCAAAACCCAGCAGUGAACUACACCUGGUACAGAGACACUGAGAGACCUCUGAAUCCAGUUCAGACCGGACCAAACCUGACCAUCAACAACACCGACCCGACACACAGCGGACGAUACUACUGUACAGCUGAGAACAAACACGGCACACAGAACUCAUCAGUGGUGCUGGACGUCCAGUAUGCCCCAAAAAACACAUCAUUGUCAGUGUUUCCCUCCGGCUCAGUGAUAGAGGGCAAACCAGUGACUCUGAUCUGCAGCAGUGAUGCAAACCCAGCAGUGAACUACACCUGGUACAGAGACACUGAGAGACAUCUGAAUCCAGUUCAGACCGGACCAAACCUGACCAUCAACAACCCCGACCCGACACACAGCGGACGAUACUACUGUACAGCUGAGAACAAACACGGCACACAGAACUCAUCAGUGCUGCUGGAUGUCCAUCAGACUCAUUUCUGUCUGCAUCCUGCUGACAAUUAACAUUUAAGCGUCAUGUUUUCAUCAGACUUUAGAUAUCCAUCCUAAACAUAGGUGAAAAUCCCACAACAACCACAACAGCUUGAUGUUGUCUAAUGUGGCACGGUCUCCCUGCGUCACUUAUAGUAUAAAGACCUUUCUCUGUGUAUACAUAUCCUUACAAGUUUUAACUGUGUUAUUGUCCCCUUCAAAAAUUGCUCGUCCCCUCACU